AUGGCUGCCGAGCCAGAGGACCUCGCCGACUCCCAGCCCUUUUCUCCGUCGGACUUCCUCAACCUUCCACCGACGCCCCGCCUCGACUACCCUGCCCUGCAGCUGCAGGACGACGAUGACGACCUGACCCGAGCCUGCUCCAUCCCUCUGUUUGCAGUUCGGCGCGGCAGUGUCCAGUCCUCGCCGAAGCUCACUCGCCUCUGGUUGGCCGUGCUCAGCUUCCAAGCACCAAUCGGUGCUCAUCCAGAACCCGUGCACGCACAGCACCAAGAGCAGGAGCAGCAGUUCACAUUAAUUGGAUUUUCAGCAGCAAUUAUGUGUUAUGUUUGUGAGGACUCUGGGCAGUCCAGACUUCAGUACAUGUUCCAGCACAGGACGUCGGUGUCGCAGGCUGAGUGGAGCAUGGCGUCCAACGAGUCGCUCUUCAGCAUCCAGGGCGCCAGCGACCUGUACCCCGGCAGCAGGUCGCACUUCAACUUCUACUACUACGAGGCCAUGGCGGAGGCGGCGGACUCCAAGCUGCUGUCCCAAUCUGCUCCUGCCCCAGCUUCUGCCGGUGCAGCUGGUGCCUCUGCUCAUGAGAGAAAUUGGCAUUUGGAUCCGACAAACUUGGUGCCAAAUGGGAGCUUUAGAUGGGUAUCUAACCUCCUUUCGGCGCCUCCUGCUUGUGUUUUCGGAGGAUUAUCUGGCAGACAGGGCUUGGCAUGUGCACGUCAGCUGGAACAGUAG